AUGGACGCGAAUUACUACACGAUGGCAGCGGACGGCAAUUGGGACAAGGUCUGCCGGCUCUGCUUGCAGGAGAAGAACGAGAUGCUGCCCAUCUUCGGCAACGAGGCUGUGCAGCGCAAAGUGGUGCAGAAGCUGCGCGCCUGUCUACCCGUGCUUGUGUACAAAACUGAUCCGCUGCCAAAGCAGAUCUGUCAGUUCUGCGCGGCCAGGUUAGACGAUGCAUACGGAUUCAGACAGCACUGUUUGAAUGUCUAUAAAGAAAUGCACGCCGUAUUGCUGAGGUAUAAACAGACGGAAUCUGUCCAGAUAUACCUUGACGCGAUGAGAAACUCAUCGGAUCCAUGCCAGGUGCAACUCUGUAAGUCUAGAGCCCCUCCACCGUUGGUUCCUUUAUCAGGUGCCUUGCUCUUUGACGACUCGAUUUCGAUUGAUCAAGCUAAUCAAGAUUAUCAAAAUAUCUGCAUGGAAAUCUUACCUGAAUUGCCAUGUGAAGUGGAAAUUAAGGAGGUGAACACAGAUCCAUAUCUGAAUGUCGAAAACACCAUUUGCGAAUCAUCGAAUAAAAAGUGUAAAUUAUCAGAGAUGUUCGACACGGAUAUACAAAUGAAAGUAGAUGCUGUUCCUAUGUCUAACAUGGAAGAAGCGAGAACUAAACAGGAGUAUGUGAAAGAAGAGAAACAAACUAGUAUUCUAGAGCAAGCAUUAACUGGCAAUCUGAUAAUGAAUAAUCAUCAGCAAUCUAGAGCAAAAUUGACUUCAGAAUGGUGGUGUUCACCAUGUAACAAUUAUUACAAAACAAGGGAUAGUCUAAUGAAGCACAUGCAGUUGCACUGCCCACGUGUAUAUAGUUGUAGGACGUGUCUAUUGACCUUCGAAUCCGUCGAGAUCUUGGCGAAACACGAGGCCGAUAAUCAUUUUAAAAUCAGACUGGAGUUCACGGAAAAUGAUAUGAAGGAUUGCGAACAGUGCGAUCGUCAGUUUGUGAGCUGGGAGAUGUUGAGACAACACAGAUUGCGUGAUCAUCAGACAUUAAUCGAAAAUGGAAGCAACACGUGCUGUUCAUUGUGCAAUAGAUCUUUCCCUACAGAAGAAUCUUAUCAAAAACACAUUUUGUUACACCAAACAAACGCGACAAUGUCAGAGAAAUUAUCUGUUUUGGAAUCCACAAUCACAAAAACAAUGGAACGAUCAAAGGAGAUUAAAGGGGACGAACAAUACUAUGAAAAUAUAAAAUAUCCUCUUGUAUGUCCCACUUGCGGAAAGAUUUGUACGCAGCAAAGCGCAUUAUCGAAUCACAUGCGCACUCAUGAACCGAAGAAAUUCAAAUGCGACAUUUGUGGCCGGUCAUUCACACUUUUUAUACGCCUAACUGCGCACAGAUUGGCCGAGCAUAAUAAAGAACCAAUGAUGUCACCAGUUUUGUCAGCAGUUGAGCAAGAGGAAGCCUUAAAUGCUGAGAGAGAGGCAAGAGAAGCGAGAGAAGCUAAAACUCGCGUCAAAAAAGCUUACUCUGAGAUGAUAGAGAAAAAUGAUAUUCCAAUAGAUGAUGAAUCCCCGGCUAAACGCGCCUUUGGUGGAUUUAAAAAUGUGGCUAGAUGCGCCAUUUGCUUGCAAUGGUUUAACGACCAUACGACGAUGUUAAAACACCUUCAAACGCAUCAAACGGCAAAUUAUAAUAGUUACGUGUGUCAAGUUUGUAAUAAAUCAUUUAAGGAACAGUCGCAGCUGUCUAAGCACGAGGCUCGUCAUAAACGCUUAACGCUCGAUAAUGCCUCACUGUACACACUGUCCGCUGUUUGCAACAAAUCAUUCAUGGAUCAGACGCAUCAAAAGACGCACACAGUGGAUAAAACCUAUCUCUGUGCGAAGUGUAAUAAAAUCUUUUUCAAACAAGUAUCACUACUUGCUCACCAAUGCACGGGCGGAGCAGUUCAUAAAGUGCUUGGAAAAAAACCUGCAGGGAAGUCUCGGCAGAAAACACCGUCUCAGAAUGGCAACAAGACGUACAAAUGUUCGAAAUGUGAUGCGGUUUUUGCGAGCUCGCAAUCACGGAACGCUCAUAUGAAAAUGCACGCUGAAUAUAUGCGCGGAAAUGCGGCACAAACACAAGAAAUUAAAGUCGAUGAUGAGCCAAUGCCAGAACUGCAUCCGGAGGUAUUGUUGGAAUACAACGGCUCCCCUAUCGAGCCGAAGAUUGAAAUUAACGAGCAGAGUACACCUCCACCUCUUAAACGGACUCUCGUUAAAACCAGUAACGGAUAUCGAUGCGGUGUAUGCCGGUCACCAUUCGUAUUGAGGGAACUAGCCGUGGCGCAUUUGAGAUCCGCACAUCCCGUAAUGCCAUAUCAGUGUCCUUAUUGCAAAAAACGUUUUAUAACGCAAUACUCAUUCACCCAUCAUAUCAAAACGGAGCAUCCCGAUGAGCCUGAAAAAUAAAAAUCGCGAAUAGAAGUGAAUAGAUUGAAACUAUAUCACAGCAUGUGCCUCGUAUUAUAUGUGAGAAUCCUGUUUAUAGAUUAUAUAAAAUGCAACGUAUGAAGUGUAUAUUAGCCUAUGCGGUCCUCUAUAUGAUGUGUCGAUUUACGGUUGUUAAUUGGCCUUUGAAGACUUCUAUUGUAUUACUGCAAACGUACAACGUUGAAGUGUUUGUUACCCGAGGCUAUUAAUAUUAGUACUUACACUGAACGUGCCUGUACAAGUGCUUUGUUUUACAAUACUUAUACUAAUAAUCUGAGAUAAAUUUUAUUCAUAAAGUUCUACUCGAGAAGAACCAGUUUCGAAAUGACAAAAAGAUGCGAUCUCGAUGCGUGGAGAUCAAAAUAUUUAGAUCUCUUAGUUUCAGAUAAUUUCAUGAUGAUUAGCAACGAUGGAAGUUGAAUUGCGCAAUUUGUAUCAUAUGAAUUUUACAUUUUAUAGAUUUAAUUAUGUACAUUUCACUCGUGACAUUAUAAUUAAAUCUAGCUACAGUAAAUAUAUCGAGAAUUCUGAAAUCUCUCGAUUACGAUUAUUCUAGAAACGUUCUAGGCUCAUUCACUGCAAACAAUGUGUUCGAUUUUACUGUUACACACGCCGUUGUAAGUUAUAUUGCGUUAUUAAAGCUCGAUAUCGCCAGCGGUACCAUGGCAAGCAUCGAGGAUUCUAGGAUUUUUAAUUCGUUUAAGACACAUUCCCUCUUAAGCGAUUGUUUCGUGUAUCUAUGUUGACGUAUUCUAUUUUGUAUAGAAUAUCAUAUACGGUUCCAAUAAUUACUUUGCAACACAAUUUAUUGUAGUUUCUCUUUGAGAAUAUACCGAAGACUGUCGUAGCGACGGCAAGUGAAUGAUUAGGCGUUUCUAUCCGACAGCGAUGCUGUGUGUAAUUUAAGCGUACACACAGUCUUUAUAAGUUUAUUUUAUACACCUGAUUUACAAUAAACUAUUAUUAAAAAUACAGACCCAAGCGCAGAAGAGACUUAUAUGAAUAUUUCAAAUAUAUGCUAUAUAUAUUUUUGA